AUGGCCAUAUCGAAAUUUUCUACUGGAGUUGCUGUCCGAUUGGCAGCGAGAGAUGGCACUCUGAAAGGCGUCACAUCAGGUCUUACUCCCUCCUACCUCCAAGCAAAUCUCAUUGUCCUACCGUCUCGCUAUGCUGCUGACUUCCGCCUCCUCUGUGCUCGGAACCCCGUCCCUUGCCCUCUUCUUGCAGAAUCCUCACAGAUUGGCUCCUACGAUAGCCUGAAGUCUUACAUUGCCGGUCUGAAAGGAGACAAGGUUGCAUCUGACAUCGACAUCCGCUACGAUGCUCCUAAAUACAUGAUCUAUCAAGAUGGACUUUUGUCGGCUUCGCAUGUGGAAAACAUCGCUACAGAAUGGACGGAAGAUCAUGUUGCGUUCUUGAUAGGAUGCUCAUAUAGCUUCGAAACUGCCUUGAUCAAUGACGAACUUCCGCCUCGCCAUUUUGUCAUGCAGAGGAAUGUGCCGAUGUAUCGCACGAACAUUCCUCUUUGUCCUGCUGGUGUGUUCACCAGAUCAACAUAUGUUGUAUCGAUGCGCCCAUACAAGCGAUCAGACAUCGAACGAGUGAGGGACAUUACACGACCAUUUGUCACUACACAUGGCGAACCCAUAGCUUGGGGCUGGGACGGCAUGAGGAAUUUGGGUAUCGCAGACAUCACUAAGCCUGACUGGGGCGAUGUUCCGUUGGAGAUGGAUGGAAGGCCACUGGAUUCGAGCAACGAGGAUGUUGUUCCUGUGUUUUGGGGUUGUGGUGUAACUCCUCAAGAAGCUGUCAUGAGAGCUGGACUGAAAGGAACUGUGUUGGGCCAUGCUCCGGGGCACAUGAUUUUGCUCGAUGUAAAGGAUGAGGACGUGUUUAGCAUCCAUUGA